AUGCGUCCCACCUUCGCCAUUGUCAUCGCCACCUUCUUGUCUCUUGGGGCACAAGCCCUGGAAGCUCCAAUUGAGGGCUACGGCGUUGAAGACUUUGAAUGGGAAGUCGAAUAUUCACCCGGUAACAAGCUCCGCCUCCGGGGAACAGUUGAAGAAGUCACCAACCAUGUCCGUUCCCUCAACCCCAACUACAAAGGGAGUGAACUGCAGACCGAGACACGCAACGAUACGGACGCCUUGACGGGCUCCCUGGAGAAGCGCUACGACGAGGAGAGCUUGAUUUGCUACCCGAAUGGGUGGGGCGCUGCAGAUGGAAACAAGGUUCAGGAGGGAAUUGAAUACCUGAAAAACGACGUUGCUGGCAAGCCUACAAACGGGCCUGGACCUGGAAACUGUGGCCGAGUGAGUUGCAGUUAUAACAAUGCUAUUUGGUGGUGCAAUGAUAACACCGAAAGCAAAACUCUGGACUCUUUCCGAGAGAUUGGUCUUGCUGCGGAGGAAAUCUGCAACAGGUGCUGGAUGUCUGCUCUUAGUAGCGAUUCAGGCUUCGAGAAUCUUUGUGCUGGUCAGAUGUUCAUGAAGGACAAGUGGAAUGUGAUUGUACGGGAUGCGAAGUGUUAG